UUUUAGGUACAAGGCUAGAGCUAGAAUGAGGACGGGGAAAAGGCUGUUCUUUAAAUGGCGAUGAAUGAAAGCCAUGUCUUGAGCCUAGCUGAAGCCAAAACGCGGAGGCCCGGUGGGGAGGUGGGUUGGGCGAUCACUUUAGGCGGGAGGGGCAAGGUUGAGCCCUCCCCCUGGGAAUGGCGGGCUCGCGGUGGGAACCCGGCAGCCGUCCGUAGCCCUCUUUCCCUUCCCAGCCAUGGCCGGCGCGGUACGGACCGAGCCGCUACCCGGUGAGGCUCCCCUACUGGUGCCCGGCGACCCCUACUCGGUGGCCGUUCUGCUGCGCGGCUACGCGGAGCCCGAGGGCGCGGGGGAAGCGGUGCGCGCGGACGGCACAGUGACCCUCGUCCUGCCCCGGACCUGGGCCUCCGGCUCCGGCAGCCGAGGGUCCCCAUCUGCAGACCGCGGGGCAAAGGCCGCGCUGGAGGAGGCGGCGCGUGGCCCGGUCCUCGUGGACACUGGGGGGCCCUGGGUUCGGGGGGCGCUGCUGGGAGCCCUGGCUGGGCAGGGCGUGGCCCCGGGAGACGUGACUUUAGUGGUGGGGACCCACGGACACUCGGAUCACAUUGGGAACCUGGGGCUCUUUCCCGGGGCGGCUUUGCUGGUCUCGCACGAUUUCUGCCUCCCCGGGGGCCUCUACCUGCCCCACGGGCUGUGUGAGGAGCAGCCCUUGGUCCUGGGCCCCGGGCUGCAGGUGUGGGCCACGCCGGGCCACGGAGGCCAGCGGGACGUGAGCGUGGUGGUGGAGGGCACCACCCUGGGUACCGUGGUGGUGGCGGGCGAUGUGUUCGAACGCCAUGGAGACGAGGACUCGUGGCAGGCUCUGAGCGAAGACCCAGGGGUGCAGCAGCGGAGCCGGAAGAGGAUCCUAGGCAUCGCUGAUGUCGUUGUGCCUGGUCACGGAGCCCCCUUUCGGGUGGUCAGGGAAGCAGAGAAGAAUUAACGUUUGAAGACCGAGUGUGCCCUGCACAGAUGAACCCAGAGAUUGAGUUCAUACCAGGCAGGAAAGGCCCUCCGUCUGGGUCAGCCAGUCAGAGCAUGUCAGGCUGGUUACUUCCAGCCUUCCCAGGACCCAGCUUUCCCGACAGAACGGAGUGACUGCCAUUAAUCACCUUUAACACUCUCUCUGCAAGAGACUAGGACCAAGGUCUGGCCCAGCUCUGCAUCUUCUAUGGGUCCUCAGUAAAAUGCAGAAGUAUUCUUAGGAUCCUCCAAAAUAAAAAAUAGAUACUGCAUUGGAAAUUA